AUCUCACUUUGUUCAUCUAAAAACUCCUCCUUUCAUUUCUUUAAUUUUGCUCCCAACAAACAUCUUAAAGAUCUCUCUCAUGGCGAUGUCUUUCUCAGGAGCUGUUCUCAGUGGCAUGGGUUCUUCUUUCCACAGCGGAGCCAAGCAGAGCGGCAUUGGAGCUGUCAGAGUCGGCCAGAAAACUCAGUUCGUCGUCGUUUCUCAGCGCAAGAAGUCGUUGAUCUACGCCGCUAAAAGUGACGGCAACAUCCUCGAUGACCUCAACCAGGCCACAAAGAAAGCUUCAGAAUUCGUGACGGAUAAAACAAAAGAAGCGUUGGCUGAUGGCGAGAAAGCGAAGGACUACGUUGUUGAAAAAACCAGUGAAAACGCAGAUACAUUGGGUAAAGAAUCUGAGAAAGCUUCGGAGUAUGCGGAGGAGAAAGGAAAAGAAGCCGCAAACAAGGCGGCUGAGUUAGCAGAGGGUAAAGCAGGAGACGCUAAGGAUGCCACAAAGUAGGGUCUUAAUCAGUUAAUUCAAGCACUUAAACUCGUAGAUAUAUGGAUCUAUAUCCUCUCUCUUCAUGUUACAAUAAGAUCAGUCUGUUGUAAUUUCUAUUAAUUCCACACCAACCAAUGAAAUAAGAUAUGGUACAUUCA